GGUGUUUUCACUCGCCCCUUACAUCACUGGACGUCACGGAAGCUACAUCGUGUUUAUUUAUUUAUUCUUCCCCUUUACAGGUUAAAAAAAAUGAACAUUAUCGGGUUUUGACGUGUUUCUAUGUUUUCUGUGCCGUGAAAGAUAAAUAGGAAGUAAGAUACUGGAGUCUGCAGUAACUUUGAGAGCUAAUAAGUUUUGUUCACAUGAAUGUUACACUCACCGUAGCUUCCUCGUUAGCUGCGUUGUGCGGAGCGGACGACAUUGUUUCAGAGGCGUAGUUGUGCCGUUUGUGUGCAGUGUUUCACAUUUAAUGAGAAUACUUGAUGCUAGCCAUGUAGCACUGUUAUUCUUUUGUUUGUAUGGGUAAAAGAGUGAUGUUAAUAGCUUCCAUUUUGCGGGAUAUAUGUUUUGUUAUGGCCACCAUACAUAACAGAUGUGAUAUACUUGCGUUUAUAUUUGAGCAGACCUAGAUGUAAAACAUGAGUAUAUGUUACUAGACAGAUCUGAAUUAAACCAUUGUAAAGAUAUUUUAUGUUUCCAGUACAAUGCUUUAUUUUUCUAACGGAACAAUCUUUGGAGAUAACAGUUGUUAUAACAGUUGCUGAUUUGAUAGCAAUGUAAUGUUGAGAAAAUUGUGUAUUUUUGCAUUACAACACUGGACGUGACUGAAGCAACAUCGUGUCCAUGUUUCUGAUUUAUUAUUCCCCUUUACAGGGGUGUAACAUAUGAUCAGGCACUGAGGACUUAAUGAUGCCAUCAUCACCGCAGUGGAAAGCAUACAGGAAAAUGGAGCCUGAUCAUGGGACACAGAAGAAAGGCACUUUGUGCCAAAAACUUUCCAAAUAUGCUGUCAUCUUCCUCUUUCUGGCUGUGUUUGGACUCAUAUUCCUGCUGCGUAACGUCAACACUGCAGAGAACUGGAACUGCCACACUGUUUCAGCCCUCGACCAGCAUCAGAGCAGGAUCCAAUCCAAACUGCCUACUUUUCACAACCAUACCUUCUGUGCCCAUCUGGGCCAGAAACCCUCCCCUGAAGAACUGGAACUGGAAGAGCGCUACCUGUUGGACUCUAUUGCUUGGCCAGGGCCUCCGCCUCGCUCUUCACCAGUCGCCUUGAACCAGACGAGUGACCCUGUGCACAGCCUGUUCACCCUCCCCAUUAAGGAGGGAAGGGAGUGGCAUGUGGGCGACCAGCUGGAGGCCCUCGUCCAAAUGCACGACUUCCAGGGUCGUCCCAAGAUCUACGGUGGGGAUUUCCUCUUGGCCAGACUGCACUCCCCUGAGCUUGGAGCAGGUGUAGCAGGCAAGGUGCUGGACCACAGGAAUGGAUCUUAUUCUGCUCUGUUCCCGCUGCUCUGGGAGGGAUCAGCACAGGUGGAGGUUACACUAGUGCACUCAAGUGAGGCUGUUGCUGUUCUGCGACGGCUGAGGGAGGAACAACCCCAGAGAGUGUUUUACAAGAGCUUGUUCCGCUCGGGUUCCCACUCUGAGACUACUGUGUGCAACAUGUGCCUGCCCCCUGAUCAGAAACUCCAAUGCAACUACACAGACCUUUCCACAGGUGAGCCCUGGUACUGCUACAAGCCCAAGGUGCUCGGCUGUGACACCAGGAUCAACCACGCCACAGGAGGCUAUGUGAAAAAUCUCCUCACCAGCAAAGAGGCACCACUCUUCCAGAGUGAUGUAAAUAUAAAAGUUCACAUACACGCUUCAGGACCCGACAGAAUCAAUGUGCUGCCCCCCAGGAAAGAUAGAGCAGAGGUAGAAAGCAGUGUAAAACCAGAAGCUAUUCAGCACGCACCUUCUGGAUAUUACUACAAGGACUCAUGGAGGUCAUUAAAUGGUGUUACAAUGCGCCAGUUCAAUGAAUCAUCUGCCAUCACUCAGUGUUUGAAGGAUAAGGUGAUCUACAUGAAUGGAGACUCCACUGUCAGGCAGUGGUUUGAGCACCUGCUUGCUUUUGUACCAGAAUUGAAGCAGUUCAACCUGCACAGUCCUAAAAAGAUUGGACCUUUCAUGGCGGUGGACAGCACCCAUAAUAUUCUCUUGAAGUACCGCUGCCAUGGCCCACCCAUCCGCUUCUCUGCUGUCAUUGCCAAUGAGUUUCGUUACAUUUCAAAUGAGCUGGACGGCCUCUCUGGGGGUCCCAACACUGUUGCUGUCCUCAGCAUUUGGGCCCAUUUCAGCACUUAUCCUGUGGAGGUGUACAUACGGAGGCUCCGUCACAUUAGGCGGGCAGUGUUGCGACUCCUGGACCGAGCGCCAGGGACAAUCAUUGUGAUUCGCUCAGCCAACCUCAGAGCCCUGGACCCAGAGGUGAGCCUUUAUGACAGCGACUGGUACUCACUGCAGCUCGAUGAGGUGCUCAGAGCCAUGUUCAAGGGGCUGAAUGUUCUGCUGGUGGACGCCUGGCAAAUGACUUUGGCACACCGCCUCCCUCAUGAUCUCCAUCCACCUCCAGCCAUCAUCAAGAACAUGAUAGACAUGCUUCUGUCUCAUGUUUGCCAAAAGAGCCACCAGUAGAAGAACAGUGAAGAUUUGAUUUUUAAGUUGAGAUGUUUGUGUUCUUUCAUUUGUAAUUUUAUUAGAUGGCACUCAGCUUGUGGUGCUCACACCCACUUGAAAAAAAAAGAAUUCAACAGCAAUGUCAAAGUCAAUAUUUAGUGAUCAUGAUCAAGAUAUUCCAAUUCAGGAGGACAGACAAUGCUCCACAUAUAACUGCUGUAUUUUUUUUUUUUUUUAUGUUGAGAAAGCCGUGCUGCCGGCUUAUCCAUUCACACAGGUAUGGUUUGCCUCUAUUGCGUCUCUGAUACUACCUCUGUAGGUGCAUCAGAGCCGCAGUGAAAUUUCACCCCUCAUGCACCUGAAACUUUGACACAGUGGAGGAUAAGGAGAAUCGGUGCAUGAUUCUCACACUCAAAGGGCAGUUUGAAAGGGACUGCCAGUACUUGCUAUUGUCACAUGUGUGCUUUAACAUCUGUAAUAAGGAGUAUGGCUGUAUUUGAAAGCCAUUGUCAUUUGCAUAUAUAAAUGGAGGUUUGAGAUAAAGAGGCGAUAUCUAUUUAAUAUUUGUAUCAUUAAAUGGGGCAGUGCUACUUAUCAGGAGUUAAUAUGGAUAAUCAGCUGGUGAUGCCUCAUUUUUCACGUCUUCAGUGUGGUUCAAUAAAUGAAAAAACUAUGGCAGCAUCAAGAGUCACUGAUCAGCCCUGUGUGGUGUGUUAAAACUGAUUUAAUCUUUUCUGUAUUUAACAGGUAGAAUUCUUGGUAAGAUUUAACUUGUCAACUGUAACAUGAAAUACAAAGAAAACCUAAGAGAAAGAGGCAAAUUCAUCCCUAGGUGUUUUGGCAAAAAUAUAUAUUAAAAAAACACCACUCAUUUGUCAUUCAGUGGCAUGCAUCCUGUUUGUCUCGCCUCCCUUCUGCAGGCUAAUGUUUAAGAGACAUUUGCAGACAGGCUGAAAUAUGAUCAACAAUAAUGCAAUAUUCUAAGCACUGUAACAACUCUCAGACUGGACUGAACUGCAUAAGCUCAAAGACACUAGUUGAUAAUAAAUGCAAUCAAUGCAUCCUUAUUUCCAAUCUUAAAUAUAAACUUAAUAUUCUUAAGGAUUUUAGUGUUAUCAAGGUGGUGGGUAAAUAUGGGAAGUUAUUGUGGUGCUUUGUAGUCGAGCAAAGGAAAAGAAAAAUGAAAGUAGAAAAUCACUACACGACAGCUUUACACAUCCAUCAAGUUCAAGGACCCCCAGAAUACUGGGUGAGUGUUGGUGUUGUUUACUCCACUUACAAACAAGCU